GCUCUAACGCCAAGACUCGCGACCCGACACUCAUGACUCAUGACCAAACACGUUCUAACAGAUGAGAAUGAAAGUAAACUCAGCAGCACGUUUUGUGAAGACAGGAACUUAACGCACUUUAACUACAAAACCACUUCCAAUGGUAGGUAAAAGAUCAGACUCAGCUGAAUCCAGCUGUGUGUCCAUGGAGAGUGAUCAGUCAAUGGACCCUCCAUUAAAAUUCAAAGACCAUUCUAUUGAAAUUAGCACUACAGAAGUUAAGAAUUUAGACUCAUCUGAACCCAGCUGCGUGUCCAUGAACAGCGAUGAGUCAUUGGGAGUUCCACCGAACUUCAGCGCUGGAGACUGUGCUACUGAUCUGAGACCCCAAAGGAGAAAGGAGCAGUCAAGAUUUACCUGCAGAGAACAGUUGGACUCAAUAUUCAAGGAACUGGAACACAAAGCCAUCGCUUUUUUAAAGAAUGAGCUGAAGAGGUUCAGGAAAAUACUGAGUCCAGAUUACCCAGAAUGCUCUGAGAGAGGGUUAGAGGAUGAGGAGGAUCAGAGCCCUGUCAGAGAGUGUGCACUGAAGAUCACAUUGCAUGUUCUGAAGAACAUGAAGCAGGCAGAUCUCGCCAACACGCUGCAGAGCAAUCUGAUCUAUGUAUAUCAGCAAAAUAUAAAAUCCAGACUCGUACAGAAAUUUAAAGGCAUUAAUGAAGGACUCUCACUGCAUGGAUCCUCAAUGCUUCUGAAUGAGAUCUACACAGAGCUCUACAUCACAGAGGGUUGGAGUGGAGCCGUCAACAGUGAACAUGAGGUGAGACAGAUUGAGACAGUGUCCAGGAGACCAGCAACACAGGAGACACCCAUCAAAUGUAAUGACCUCUUUAAAGACAGGUCCAUCAGAACUGUGCUGACUAAAGGAGUUGCUGGAAUUGGAAAAACAGUCUCUGUGCAGAAGUUCAUUCUGGACUGGGCUGAAGGAAAAGCAAAUCAGGAUAUAACCUUUGUAUUUCCACUUCCACUAAGGGAGCUAAAUUUAAUGAAGCAGGAAAAGUUCAGUCUGAUGAAACUUCUUUACCACUUUUUCCCAGAAAUGAAAAAAUUAGAAUUUAUAGACUGCGAGGCCCAUAAACUCCUGUUCAUCUUUGAUGGUCUGGAUGAGUGUCGACUUCCUCUAAAUUUCCAGAACAAUAAGAGAUUGAGUGAUGUGACAGAGUCAGCCUCAGUGGAUGUGCUGCUGACAAACCUCAUCAAGGGGAAUCUGCUUCCCUCUGCUCUCGUCUGGAUAACCUCUCGACCAGGAGCAACCAAUCAGAUCCCUACGGAGUGUGUAGACCAGGUAACAGAGGUACGGGGGUUCAGUGAUCCUCAGAAAGAGGAGUACUUCAGGAAGAGGAUCAGCGAUCAGAGCCUGGCGAAUAAAAUCAUCUCACACAUUAAGUCUUCAAGAAGCCUCUACAUCAUGUGCCACAUCCCAGUCUUCUGCUGGAUCUCAGCCACUGUUCUAGAGAGAAUGUUGGGUGAAGCAGAGAGUGGAGAGAUCCCCAAGACUCUGACUCAAAUGUUCACACACUUCCUGAUCUUUCAGAUCAAAUGCAAGGACCAAAAGUACCAUCAGAAAUGUGACCCUGAUCCUCAGCAGACCAGAGAGAGUAUCCUGGCACUGGGAAAACUGGCUUUCCAACAGCUGGAGAAAGGAAACCUGAUCUUCUAUGAGGAAGACCUGAGAGAGUGUGGCAUUGAUGUCAGAGAAGCGACAGUGUACUCAGGAGUGUGUACCCAAAUCUUCAGAGAGGAGUUUGGGCUUCACCUGGGGAAGGUGUUCAGCUUUGUGCACCUGAGUGUUCAGGAGUUUCUGGCUGCUUUAUAUGCAUUUCUCACCUUCAUUGACAUAAAUCUAUCAAAUCAACUAACCACUGAUCUGUAUGAUCUUUUCAACACACCAAACAUGUCUGAUUUCCUCAGGAGUGCAGUGGACAAGGCCUUACAGAGUGAGAAUGGACACCUGGACCUGUUCCUCCGCUUCCUUCUGGGUCUCUCACUGGAGUCCAAUCAGACUCUCUUACAAGGUUUAAUGCCACAGACAGGAAGCAGCUCUCACAGCAAACAGGAAACAGUCGAGUACAUCAAGGAGAAGAUCAGGGAGAAUCCAUCUCCAGAGAAAUCCAUCAAUCUGUUCCACUGUCUGAAUGAACUGAAUGAUCAUUCUCUAGUGCAGGAAGUACAACAAUACCUGAAAAGAGGAGAUGACCAUUGCCUCUAUGGGGCCAGACUCUCUCCUGAUCAGUGGUCAGCUCUGGUCUUUGUGUUGCUGAACUCACAACAGGAGCUGGAUGAGUUUGAUUUGAGUAAAUAUGAUCCAUCAGAGGAAUGUCUUACAAGACUGCUGCCAGUGGUCAAAGUCUCCAGAAAAGCAGUACUGUAUCGUUGUAAUCUGUCAGAGGAAAGCUGUAGAGUUCUGUCCUCAGUUCUCAGCUCAAACUCCUCCAGUCUGAGAGAACUGGACCUGAGUAACAAUAAACUGCAGGAUUCAGGAGUGAAGCUGCUCUCUGCUGGACUGGAGAAUCCACACUGUACACUGGAGACACUGGAGCUGUGUGGUUGUAAUCUCACGGAGAAAAUCUGUACAGCUCUGUCCUCAGUUCUCAGCUUAAACUCCUCCAGUCUGAGAGAACUGGAUCUGAGUCACAAUGACCUGCAGGAUUCAGGAGUGAAGCUGCUCUCUGCUGGACUGGAGAACCCACACUGUACACUGGAGAUACUGAGACUGCGCAUGUGUAACCUCACGGAGAAAACCUGUGCAGUUCUGUCCUCAGUUCUCGAAUCCCACUCCACCACUCUGAGAGAGCUGGACCUGAGUGAAAAUAAAAUUCAGGAUUCAGGAGUGAAGCUGCUCUCUGCUGGACUGCAGAAUCCACACUGCGCACUGCAGACCCUGAGGCUUUACAGCUGUAACCUCACGGAGGAAAGCUGUGCAGCUCUGUCCUCAGUUCUUAGCUCAAACACGUCCAGUCUGAGAGAACUGAAUCUAAGUUAUAAUGAACUCCACGAUUCAGGGGUGAAGCUGCUGUCUGUUGGACUGGAGAAUCCACACUGUAAACUAGAGACACUGGAGCUGUCUUACUGCAGUAUUACAGAUGAAGGCUGUGCUGCUCUGGCUUCAGCUCUGAUAUCAAACCCCACAUCACAACUGAGAGAGCUGACUCUAAAUGAUAAUAAACCAGGAGAAGCAGGAGCGAAGCUGCUCCUGGAUCUCCUGAAUGACCCGUGCUGUAAAUUGGAGAAGAUAGACAUCCGAUCAUAACACCUCUGAUCUAGUUGGAGGCUCACAGAGGAUUAUGAGGACAGGAUUUCCUACAAUACAAAAGCAUCUAUGCAUAGAAAGUGAUUUCACAUGCUACUACAUUUGACUGGAUCCUUAUUGGACCCUGUGCUCUCUUCAUAGAAUCACAUCCUGUUUACUGCUGACUGGUGCUCAGCACUCCUCCGCACCCUGACCAUCACCCCCGUAUGUUUGCAGGAACAAUGAAAAAGGUUUAGCAGAACCACACUGAAGUCUCGAGUCAAAGUCACAAUAAGCUUAGAGCAAUUUUUACAUGGCUAUGAUGGGAAAAACGUCAGACCGACAACAGAUACAUGGCAAUAAUAAACAGAAUGAACGAAUGAAUGAAUGAAGAACAAACAAACAAAUAAAAUAAAUAAAUGCAAGCUAUAUUUACAUUGAAACUACUGUUCUAAAAGUGGGGAUGCAGAGUGGAGAUAGUUGCAAAACUGAAUAUUUCACACACACACACACACACACACUGAGGCCUAUUCACAUAUGGAUCUCUCCCUGGUUUGGUCUAACAAGACAAACUUUGCAGCACCAUCAAAAAAGUGUGUAUAUUAAAGUAUUUGUAUUAAAUUCAUAAACAUGAAUGUCAUUGGUAAGAAUAAAAUAAUUGACUAUUCUCUUACUAUUUUGAUUAUAUAAAAAAUGAUUAUUAAAAUAAUAUUUACAUUAUUUUAUAUUAUUGAUUAUAUUAUUUUAAACCUGCUGGGGGAUUUAAUUUAUAGUUACACCUCAGACAUCAGCAUUUAACUGCUUUACUGUCAAACAGGCAGACAAAUCCAAAACAUUAAGCAGAAUUGAAGUCAAAGUGCAGGCAGAAGUCAGGUGACGUGCAAACAGGGUUAACUGGGGAAAAGACAAAGACAUCCACAAAAUAACCAGAAUCGUCAUCGCAAACACUAGAGCAGAAUAUCAAGGCUUGGUGUCGCAGGUACGGGACAGUAAGCAUGUACCUCAGAGGAAUGAAUGGAAUGAAUGAGAGUCCUUUUGUACUUUGGAGUGUGAUUAAGAACUUGAGUUCAGGUAUGUGUAAUCAGAAAGAUUGUGAUCGUGAAGGUGAGAGAGUUUGUGAUGGCUGUUUGGUGCGGUAGUCUUUGGUGGCCAUGUUUGUAAGCCACUCUGAGUUCUGAGAGUUGUAGUUGGUGGCCAUGUUUGUAAGCCCCUCUGAGUUCUGGGAGUUGUAGUUGGUGGCCAUGUUUGUAAGCCACUCUGAGUUCUUGGAGUUGUAGUUGGUGGCCAUGUUUGUAAGCCGCUCUGAGUUCUGAGAGUUGUAGUUGGUGGCCAUGUUUGUAAGCCACUCUGAGUUCUUGGAGUUGUAGUUGGUGGCCAUGUUUGUAAGUCACUCUGAGUUCUG